CAGAAUCUGAUUCUUGAAAACUUGAAGUUUCGACGUUUAUACUAAUCCCAGUUUGCAAACAUCACAGUUUGAGUCUCGCGAGUGUUGCUUGUGCAAGUAUUGCAGCUACAGGCGUCUGUAUUACUGGUUUUGUGCUUUCUUGCGAUGAGUAGUGAAGAUAAAGUGAUUGAGAAUCCACUCUAUGCAGGCAUGAGUCUCAAAGCUUUGCUAGAGUCGGCAGAUCUCUUCGAUAUUCCAUGGAAGGACCUGAAGGGGGAUGAAGGCUGAAGGAAAACCAGAUUGCAAUGCGUGCCAACUUCUUGGAAAAGGAGAAUGUGGCCCUGAAGCUGGAGUUAGAGAAGACAGUGAAGGAGGUGGAAACCUUGAAAAGUCGCCUGGAAAAGUAUGAAGGAAUAUAAAAAUGAGCACAUUGUCACUACUGCCAUAUUUUGCAAUCUGCACUAGCAUUUAUAUAUAUAUAUAUAUAUAUAUAAUAUAUAUAUAUAUAUAUAUAUAUAUAUAUAUAUAUAUAUAUAUACAUAUACAUAUACUUAUA